AUGCCAUCCUAUGCCAUGUUCUUAAAGGAAAUCCUCUCAAAGAAGAGAAAGUUGGAGGAUUACAAAACUAUUGCUUUGAAGGAGGAAUGUAGUGCCAUCUUGCAAAACAAGCUGCUUCCAAAACUCAAGGACCUUAGAAGCUUUUCUAUACCUUAUCUUAUUGGCAACAUAAACAUAGACAAGGCCUUCUGUGAUCUUGGUACAAGUGACAAAUCUGUUAAGUACCCAGUUGGCAUCUUGGAGAACAUUCCCAUCAAAGUAGGCAAGUUAUUUAUUCCUGUUGAUUUUGUUGUCUUAGAUAUAGAAGAAAAUAUUCAAAUUUACAUCAUAUUGGGAAGGCCUUUCUUGGCAACCAUCAGAGUUAUCAUGGAUAUUAAAAAUGGGCGAUUAACUCUCAAAGUAGGAGAGGGGGAAGUAGAGUUCAACCUGUUUAGAGCAAUGAAAGAUAAACUAGAUCUUGACGAAUGCCUAAGUGCUAACAUUCUAGACAAGCUGGUUGAAAAAGAAUUUCACAGGAGAUAA